AUGGACGGACCGUCGAGAGGAAAGACCGAAAAAAUGCGAGUGAGUGUAGAGAUCUUUAUUGACAGCCGGCUGUGCGGUUCUCUCGCGAACAUCAUGACCAGGUCGGGGACCGUUCAAGAAUAUCACACCAAAACUCUUUUGCACCCUUCAGUAGAUUUAUGGGCGUCCAUUCGAGAGCCCAUAUCCUGCCCGAGAAAAACGUCUUCAUUGAAGUCGUCGAGCAGGUGAACGACAGCCAGAUUGACGUCUCCGUGUCUCCGAUUACCUUCCAGGCGCGGUGGUGCGACGACCUGAAAUCGGAUCCACGACCUCCGGAAUCAACAUAG